AUGGCGCAGAACAUUCUGCUCGACCCGAGCAUCCGCGACUGGGUGCUUCUGCCCCUCAUCGCCAUCGUCAUCUUUGUCGGGGUUUUACGCCACUACGCUGGUCUUCUUAUGAGCUCGAGCCCCCAACCCAAAAUGGAAAGAAUGUGCUGCGUUAACGUUUCCAAUUACUCCCGCCUCUUGCUGACGGAGGGUAAAAAACUUUCACCCGAGGCAUUUAAGCGGCGGUCAGAGGCGAUGCGAAAAGGACCACUACAGAAGAAGAUUGAGGUGAACCCGAUGGAGAUGAUGCAGGACCCCUCUAUGAUGGGGGAGAUGAUGAAGAACAAUAUUCUCAUGAUGGUGCCAAACAUGGGCAUGAUGAUGCUCGUUUCCUACUUCUACUCCGGCUUUGUUGUGGCGAAAUUCCCAUUUGGGCUUACCCCGCGGUUCCGCGGCAUGAUGCAGCGCGGCGCUGACAUUGAUGACCUCGACUGCAACUACGUUACAUCUCUCAGCAUGUACUUCCUCAUCAUGUUCGGCUCCAACGGCAUCCUUCAGCUGCUGCUGGGCGCUGGGGCGGGAAACAACGACCAGGCGUUGCUGAUGAGCCAAAUGGGCGGUGGCGGCCCGCAGCAGCCGGUGGACUACGCGAAGGUUUUCAAGGCCCUCGGGGAGGAGUUGGAGCUCGCGCAGGACCGCCACAAGUGGGCCUACGAAAAUGCCCCGCAGUUGCUCUUGCAGGGGAAGUAG